UUUUCCUUUUUAACUAACGGGUGAUUUUUUUGAGGUUAGGAUUUUCAUGCAUUAGUAUUUGACAGAUCACGUGGGAUUUCAGACAUGGUGUCAAAGAGAAAGAUGCUCAGUAUGCUUUGACAUUUCAUCAUGAAUAGACUUACUAACGAGCAACGCUUGCAAAUCAUUGAAUUUUAUUACCAAAAUCAGUGUUCGGUUCGAAAUGUGUUUCGCGCUUUACGUCCGAUUUAUGGUCUACAUAAUCGACCAAGUGAGCAAACAAUUAAUGCGAUUGUGACCAAGUUUCGCACUCGGUUUACUUUAUUGGACAUUAAACCAACCACACGAAUGCGUACAGUGCGUACAGAAGAGAAUAUUGCGUCUGUUUCUGAGAGUGUGGCUGAAGACCGUGAAAUGUCGAUUCGUCGCCGUUCGCAGCAAUUGGGUUUGUGUUAUUCGACCACAUGGAAGAUUUUACGCAAAGAUCUUGGUGUAAAACCGUAUAAAAUACAGCUCGUGCAAGAACUGAAGCCGAACGAUCUGCCACAACGUCGAAUUUUCAGUGAAUGGGCCCUAGAAAAGUUGGCAGAAAAUCCGCUUUUUUAUCGACAAAUUUUGUUCAGCGAUGAGGCUCAUUUCUGGUUGAAUGGCUACGUAAAUAAGCAAAAUUGCCGCAUUUGGGGUGAAGAGCAACCAGAAGCCGUUCAAGAACUGCCCAUGCAUCCCGAAAAAUGCACUGUUUGGUGUGGUUUGUACGCUGGUGGAAUCAUUGGACCGUAUUUUUUCAAAGAUGCUGUUGGACGCAACGUUACGGUGAAUGGCGAUCGCUAUCGUUCGAUGCUAACAAACUUUUUGUUGCCAAAAAUGGAAGAACUGAACUUGGUUGACAUGUGGUUUCAACAAGAUGGCGCUACAUGCCACACAGCUCGCGAUUCUAUGGCCAUUUUGAGGGAAAACUUCGGACAACAAUUCAUCUCAAGAAAUGGACCCGUAAGUUGGCCACCAAGAUCAUGCGAUUUAACGCCUUUAGACUAUUUUUUGUGGGGCUACGUCAAGUCUAAAGUCUGCAGAAAUAAGCCAGCAACUAUUCCAGCUUUGGAAGACAACAUUUCCGAAGAAAUUCGGGCUAUUCCGGCCGAAAUGCUCGAAAAAGUUGCCCAAAAUUGGACUUUCCGAAUGGACCACCUAAGACGCAGCCGCGGUCAACAUUUAAAUGAAAUUAUCUUCAAAAAGUAAAUGUCAUGAACCAAUCUAACGUUUCAAAUAAAGAACCGAUGAGAUUUUGCAAAUUUUAUGCGUUUUUUUUUUUUAAAAAAGUUAUCAAGCUCUUAAAAAAUCACCCUUUAUAUAUGUACAUAUAC